AUGUUUUCGUACUUUUCUAGAAAGCCAACAAUCUCUCAAGAGAAGGCCUCCCAUAGCCAGGCUCCGGGCCACUGGCUUCCCAAAGACCGUAAUCUCAUCAUACAAUGGACCGUCCAAAAGGCCAAAGAAGCCAAGGCGAAAGCCUCCAAGAGCACUGAGCCUCUGGAUCCCAGCCUCGUUGCGCUCCAAAAGCUUGUAUCCGAGGAUCCUCAUCUCACCAAGCUGGCCAACAAGAUGUUCACUGAGUCCUCGAGGAAAUACCCCCAAGACCCCUCCGGCCAUCGAGCCAUCAAGUCGUUUGACGACUUCAUCCCGAUCCUGAAUCUAGUGAUGCUGUCCGGGCCGGAGUUCGUCCGCAAGUCUGACCCUUCGACAGCCAUCGGAUUCAUCGGCUGUCCCAUCAAUGCCCUUUUAGACUACCCCAUGGGCACCGACUCGGGUUACGAGUUGUUCCUCCUCCCGGAGGUUAACGCCGCCAUCGCCGCCAUCCUCAACUCCUGGGGCAAGUUCCUCACAACCCCCGAGUCACGUGGAUGUCUCGACGGCUGGCUGUCCAAGCAAGGGCGGGAAAUCAUCGCCGAGAAGGCCAACAACGGCAAGACGAGCUACAACUUCGAGGACCUGUUCGAGUGCAACCCGUCGUGGGAGUACUUCGGCUUCACGUCGUGGGAUGACUUCUUCGUACGGCGGUUCCGCGACCACGUCCGCCCCGUCGAGGCACCCGACCACGGCCACCGCGACAAGAGAUUCCCGGACCCGACGCUGGUCAUCGCCAACGCGUGCGAGUCGGCGCCGCUGCAGGUCCGGACGGGCGUCAAGCUCUUCGACACCUUCUACCUCAAGGGCCAGCCGUACUCCCUCGCCAACAUGCUCAACUGCAGCAAGCACACGUCGCACUUCGUCGGCGGCACGGUCUACCAGGCCUUCCUGAGCGCGCUGAGCUACCACCGCUGGCACGCCCCCGUUAGCGGCAGGGUCAUCGGGAUCGACUCGGUGCCGGGGACGUACUACAGCGAGAACUACUACGAGGGGCUGGCCGGCGCCAAAGGACAGGGACAGCUUGACCCCGCGGCGCCGACGUACUCGCAGCCGUAUCUCAGCGCGGUGGCCACGAGGGGGAUUAUCUACAUCCAGGCCGACAACCCGAAGAUCGGGUUGAUGGCCGCUGUAUUCAUCGGCAUGGUCGAGGUCUCUACCUGCAGCUUUGUGGUGAAGGAGGGGCAGAGGAUUGAGAAGGGGCAGGAGAUUGGGAUGUUUCAUUUCGGAGGGAGUUCGUAUUGCAUGGUGUUCCAGCCUGGGGUCAGACUGGAUUGGAUCAAGCCCGGGCCUUGGGAUAUGGAUACGGAGCAGAAUUUUGCUGUGAGGAGCGCAUUGGCUGUGGCGAAAUAG